AUGAGAGGCCACGCUGAGGAGUCCGGUCUUAUGAAGGAGAUGAUGGGAGGGGGGAGGAGAAAAGAGGGGGAGAAGGGGGGGCUCCAAGACUGCAAGACCAGGACCAGAGCCAGUGUUCUGGGUCAGCUGGGCCUCUCUCUCCCCCAAGGCACAGACCGACAGACGCUCACACUCAGGGCUCCAAUCUGCUGUGUGAUCAGCAGGCUCUCCCUGAGCAUGUCCCCCGCCUCACACCGGCUGUCCCUGCACCACCACCACUUACACUUCAUCCACCCGUUUAUUGAUACACUGCGCUGCAGGAGUGCCCUGGAGUGCUGCUUGGGAAAAGUGGCUGAUAACGUGAACUGGGAGGUGGCUCACCUCCAGCUGGCCUCGGGGAUGACGCCCCUGCCAGCACCGAGGGAUAUAGCACCAGAGUUUCAGAAUCACAUGGACAUUUUGGAGAAGGAGAUGCUCCAGCUGCUGUCAGCAGUGACAGACCUCAGCUGCAGGAGCAGACCAUCCUGGAGCAGGACAUGUCCACAAGUCAACAGCUGGAACUCAAAACUGCUGUGGUUCAAACAGAGUCUGUCAGACAUGUUGCAGUCCGAGGAGCAGAAGAGGACACUCCUGGAACAGAAGAUAGAGGAGCAGAAGAUAGACUACCACUGA